AUGCAUGAAGUGUCGGUUGCUGAUUUUGAAAUUCUAAGAAAAUUAGGACAAGGGUCUUAUUCUUCAGUUUAUAAGGUCAGGAGAAAAUCGGAUGGAUAGGAAUAUGCUAUGAAAAAAGUAUAGAUGACUGGAUUAUCAAUUAAAGAAAAAUAAAAUGCUUUGAAUGAAGUAAGAAUUUUAGCAAGUUUAUCUAAUCUUCACAUUAUCGGGUAUAGGGAGGCAUUUAUCAAAGGAGAAACAUUAUUCUUAAUUUUGGAAUUUGCUGGAGGAGGUGAUUUGUAAUAAAAAAUAGAGUACACAAAAAAAAAGGGUUUUGGAUUUCAUUUUGAUGAAUAAUUGAUAUGGAAUUAUUUAAUUGAAAUGUUAGUUGGAUUGAACGAAUUGCACAAUAAUGGUAUUUAUCAUAGAGAUAUUAAAUGUGCGAAUGUAUUUUUGACUUAAGACCAUAAGCAUAUAAAAUUAGGGGACUUAAAUGUGGCAAAAAUAGUGAAAUCAAAUUAACUUGCCAACACCAAAGCAGGCACUCCAUAUUAUGCAAGUCCUGAGGUUUGGAAGGAUGAACCAUACGAUUAAAAAUGUGACAUUUGGUCACUUGGAUGUGUGAUAUAUGAGAUGGCUCAACUAUAACCACCCUUCUUAGCAAAUGAUUUGUAUCAUCUACAGAAGAAAAUUCAAAGGGGAAUUUAUGAACCACUAAAUUAAAGAUACAGCAAAGAACUUAGUUAUUUGAUAUCUAGAUGUCUCUAAGUUUCUCCAAAAACGAGAGCAUCUUGUGAGGAUCUACUCAAUUUAGAGGAAAUCAAAAAGAGACAGUAAUACAGUGAUUCAGGACAAUUGCUAACUAAUGGAUCAAAACUAUUAGGAACCAUUUAUUUGCCCAGAAAUUACAAAGACAUAACUCUACCAAGACCAAGAUAUCAAACUGAUAAUAGUGAUGCUAGUUUGACUCUUAAUAAACGUCCUAGUUCUCGUGUUUAAAGGACAAAAUCAAAUAAUAUUUCGAAUGAUUCUGAUAGUCCUUCAUUUAAGAAGAUUAAAAUAAAAAAUAAAUUGUCAAAUAAUCUCAAUAUUCCAUCUUUGUAAAGAAGCAUUUCUUAAAAUAAUAGCCAACUUAAAGAGAACAUCCCAAAUAGCAGCAACAUUUAUUAAUUGCUACCUCUUCAUCAACAUCACCCAAGUCAUCAAGGAUAUUAAAGCAAUAAUGCAGGAUAAUGCUCUCCGAGACUACGGAAAUAGUUAUCCUCUCCAUAACAAUAAAAAUAAAAAUUAUAAUCAAUUUUAUAAUAAGAUUUUUAUUUACCAAGAAUAGAUUAGAAGUAAUUGAACAAGUACCAAAAAAUCAAUUCAAAAUGUUAUAUUUCAGAUAUCAGGAAAUUAUUGUGA